AGGGUAGCGAAAUACAAGUGUCACGUAAUUGACGGUUGAUUUUUGAAGCAAUUGAUUGUUUGAAGCGCGCGAUCAUUGAGUUCAUUGAAUUGCAAUCCAUUGGUUGGUUGUGUCCAUCGAUUAACUGAUCCAUUGAUUGAUUGAUUUACUAUCAGAAGAAAAAACCCAUCGAUGAACUCAAAACAGAUGGCAAACAACAACUACAAGAAGUUAUCGACAAAGCGUACACCACUGCAGACAAGUUUGUCUCAAAAUAGUACCUCUGGUUACGGAUUAACCGCCAGAUCUUUGACACUCUUCGGCUACAAUAAACAGAUAUCAGUCGAAGAACACAACAAAGUAUUGAUUCAAAACCAAAGACUGGCCAAAGAAAACUCUGUACUGAAGUCACAGUUAUCCGCAUAUAAGGAGUCGUUAAGGAAGAAGUCAAACAAUAAUGUCGAGCAAAAACAGCAUUUGACAAAAGCCAGGAUUGAAAACGAGUCACUCAAACAACAGAUCAAAUCAAUGGUCAACACCUGUGAAGUGAUCGAUCGCAUCAAAUAUAUGGUUGACGUCCUCAUCGAAGUCGACAACAAAGUGGGAACAAUGAAAGGUGUGAUGACAUCGUUAGAGUCAACCCUUGUGUCCAAUAACAACAACAGCAACACCAACAAUACGGUCGCUGCCGAUGCAGACAUUACUAACGAAAGCGUUGACCCAUUUUGGACAUUAAAUGAGUCGUCGAGACACGAGUCGUAUCGGUAUUCACUCACAAGUCAGGAACAGGAUAUCCGACGGCGUCUGUCGGCCGAUAGAAUUAAACACGACUUUCAAGUUAUGACCGAAUUGAGCACAAUAUUGGAGAUGUCACGAGAAAACAGGAUCAGCUCUUUCGGAUUUAUUGCUGACACUACUCACAACUCGGUCUCUAUGGACACCAUAAAUACGGAAGCCAUGAACGAUAUUGUGGUCAAUGAUGUUAAUAUGGCCACCACAUCGACAGCCAAUUCCAAUGCUGUCACUGUCGACACUACUAAAGUUAAAACAUCAAAGAGGAAUAGCUCUGGAAAGACAGUAAAGGCUAAGCGCAGCCGUAGAACUAAAGGACAGACCGCCGCCGCUAAACAAACUAAAGGCAAAUCUAUUGAAACUUCUGUGACUAAUAGCAGUCCAAAUGAUAUCUCGAUCUAUGACUUUACCGAUGACGACGACAAGGAGAACAUUGCGCCCAUAUUUUCAAAGAAAGUGGUGACACGAAAGUCCAAACGCAUCGGUUCAAUGGCCAAGAAAACGGUACCACUUUAGGCAACAUUCAUA